CUUUUCUCUCUCUCUCAGAACCUUCCUGCGGCUGCGUUCGGACCUUGCUGCUCCAGCCUCCGGGACACGUCCCAUCCUUCCAGCCUGAGACUAGCAGUAUAGAAAAAAAAUAUAUAUAUACCAUAUAAUUUCUUGCCCCGUACACACCUUGAGGCGAGCAAAAAAAAUUAAAAUAAAUUUUAACAAUGAGGGAAAUCGUGCACAUCCAGGCCGGUCAGUGUGGCAACCAGAUCGGUGCCAAGUUCUGGGAGGUAAUCAGUGAUGAACACGGCAUCGACCCCACUGGAACCUACCACGGUGACAGCGACCUGCAGCUGGAUCGCAUCUCCGUGUACUACAAUGAAGCUACAGGUGGCAAAUAUGUUCCUCGUGCUAUCUUGGUGGAUCUAGAACCCGGGACCAUGGACUCUGUUCGCUCAGGUCCUUUUGGGCAGAUAUUCAGACCAGACAACUUUGUUUUUGGUCAGUCUGGGGCAGGCAACAACUGGGCCAAAGGCCACUACACAGAGGGUGCUGAGCUGGUUGACUCAGUCCUGGAUGUGGUGAGGAAGGAGGCGGAGAGCUGUGACUGCCUACAGGGCUUCCAGCUGACCCACUCACUGGGUGGGGGAACAGGCUCUGGAAUGGGCACCUUGCUCAUCAGCAAGAUCCGAGAAGAGUAUCCUGACCGCAUCAUGAACACCUUCAGUGUGGUACCCUCACCCAAAGUGUCUGACACUGUGGUCGAGCCCUACAAUGCCACCCUCUCCGUCCAUCAGUUGGUAGAGAACACAGAUGAGACCUACUGCAUUGACAACGAGGCCCUUUAUGACAUCUGCUUCCGCACUCUCAAGCUGACCACGCCAACCUAUGGAGACCUGAACCACCUCGUCUCAGCCACCAUGAGUGGUGUCACCACCUGCCUCCGCUUCCCUGGUCAACUCAAUGCUGACCUCCGGAAGCUAGCCGUCAACAUGGUGCCCUUCCCACGGCUCCACUUCUUCAUGCCUGGCUUUGCACCUCUGACCAGCCGUGGAAGCCAGCAGUAUCGGGCCCUCACUGUGCCUGAACUCACCCAGCAGGUCUUUGAUGCCAAGAACAUGAUGGCUGCCUGUGACCCCCGCCAUGGCCGUUACCUCACUGUGGCUGCUGUCUUCCGUGGGCGGAUGUCCAUGAAGGAGGUAGAUGAGCAGAUGCUCAAUGUGCAGAAUAAGAAUAGCAGCUACUUUGUGGAGUGGAUCCCCAACAACGUCAAGACAGCAGUCUGCGAUAUCCCACCUCGUGGCCUCAAGAUGGCAGUCACCUUCAUUGGAAAUAGCACAGCCAUCCAGGAGCUCUUCAAGCGCAUCUCAGAGCAGUUCACGGCCAUGUUCCGGCGCAAGGCCUUCCUCCACUGGUACACAGGUGAGGGCAUGGACGAGAUGGAAUUCACUGAAGCUGAGAGCAACAUGAAUGACCUUGUCUCCGAGUACCAGCAGUACCAGGAUGCCACCGCAGAAGAGGAGGAGGAUUUCGGUGAGGAGGCUGAAGAGGAGGCCUAAGGCAGAGCACCAUCACCUCAGGAUUCUCCAUUCCCUCAGCCUUCUUCCUCAGCUGCCCCUGUCCUCUCCCUCAGAAUUACAUUUUCUGCCUCUGUCUCUUUUUUCCUUUUUUGGAGGGGGGUGGUCCUAGAACACAGUGCCUGACACAUAAUAGGCGCUCAAUAAAUACUUGUUGUUUGUUGAAUGUC